AGUAUCUCUAUUUGUUUUUUUCUUCCCACUUUUCAUUUUCAGUGACCUAUUUUAUCUAAAAAUUUAAAUAAAAAUGAAAAUCUCCUAAAAAAUCUGGGUCACCAUUGUCUCCAAAAGUGGAAAAAGGAGAGGAUGAAGCAAGGUUGUUUUGUUUGUUUGUUUGCAUUUUUUUCAGAGUGAUUAUUUUUUGGAAUUUUAACCAACAAAAACAAAAAAAAAAGAAAAAAGAAGAGAAAAAAGUGGCUGAUUUUUUGUUAACCUCUCAUAAUCUUUCUUGUUAUUAGCCUUUUUUUUCUCUGUUUUAUUUUUUACUUGCUUUUCUUUCUGUGAACUGAACCUUCAUUUUGUUCUUCUUCACUUCAGGGGUGAAAGUUCUGAGAAACACUUAUUGCGGGUGGUUAAGUGAAUUGGAAGCUGUUGUUGAAGCUGAAUACUGAUAAGUAGUAUGGAGAAGAGUAAAGUUGAUGGUAAUGUCUCUUUUAGUGGUCACAUUAGUCAUGGACUCGCUUCCUCGACUGGCGAGAACAAAACAAGUGUACAUAAUCCUAGAGAUGCCGAGGUUUCUACUGUUUUGUCUGAAAGGUUUCACUCUGCACAGCAGACUUCUGUCAGGAGCGAUCUGAGAUCAGAAACUGGACAAACCUCUAAUGGAAAGAGGAAAGAACCAGAUUAUUCAUCUGUGACGGCAGAAGUCUGUCAUGAAAGUCAUACCAACAAGGGGCCUGACCAUAAUAAGCUACUCAAAACUGAUUCAGCAUCAUCUAAAGAAAGUGGUGAAGUGGUUCAGCUAAGUUCAGUUGAUUCUACUGAUCCGAAACCAUGUCAGUCCUCCAAUGAAGAUUUGGUUGAGAGGAAACCAUUUUUAACUCAGUCACAUGAAUCAAAAAUUGUUUUUCUAGAGCAUGAGUCAUCCGUUGUAACUACAAAAUCAGAUUCUACAGCUAUUAGUUUGCAAAGCUCACGUCAUUGUAACUUUGAUCUGAAUGAAGGUAUGGAGGAAAAUGGAGCAGAAUUCCACAAAAUUCCACCAAUAUCAGUGGUAGCAAAGGUUGGGGUUCCUAUGGGCUUGCCUCAGAAACCGUUGCAGUUUGGUGGAGAGCUUGGAUGGAAAAGGUCAGGAAAUAUCAGCGCUUUCCGUUCCACUUCUUUCAUGAAUUCUGAAAGAGGAAGUAUAACUAACAGUAAUAGAGGGUUUGACCUCAAUGUUGCUGCAACAAUGGAUUCAGAAUAUCCUGGUGAAGAGACUUCUGUGGACUUCACUUCAAAGCAGCCUGAAAAAUUUCUCCUUGACCUGAAUUGCCAAAGUGCAAGUGAUGUAAAUCAUCAUAAAGCUAGUGCAUCAAGUUUUGAUCUAAAUGACAAUCCUGUGAUCGAGGAUACACAGAACUACAUUCAUCAUAAUCAACACAGUGAAAACCAGCAGCUGCUCAGAAAAAGUGUUGCAGCUAACACAGCCACUUGUUUCAGAGGAAAUGCCAGUCAAUCCAAUUUUGAAUUGGGAAGACCUUCAUACUGGGUUGAUCUUAGUUCUAUGCGAGGCUUUAGUCACGUUCAACCCCACCCUUUUCUUGUGGCUGCCCCGACAGCUGAGCAAGUGCAGAUGAUGAUACCUUCUGGACUUUACAUCGGAAAAGUUAACAAUUUAUCCCCUACAUUACAUCCCCCUAGUCUCCCACCACACCUUAACAAUCAGCAUGGUGCUGCUGCACUUCCCCAAAUAUCAGGUUCUGUUCUUGCAGCCUACCCUGGGGCUGUCCAAUUCCUGGAAAGUCCUCAAGGACUGAAUCCUCAUGCUUUAGCAAACAUGAGACCGACUUUCUUUCCCAAUGGUAGUAUACCUCUUAUGGAAAAUGGAAGCAGGGGAUUUGGCACCCCGGAGCUUUUGAUUCCAUUGAAGAAUGGAUUUUUUGAGGCAAGAGAGAGGCCAGUUGAACAGGUAGCUUUGCCGCCUUCUCAAAUUAAUUACAGACAGAUGGCCUCCUGGAACUAGAAUUAAGUGAAAAUCUUAUUUAUCUGAUCUAACAGUUCUAGUAAUGCAAUGUACAUAAGUUGAGUAGCAACUAGAUUCUAGACUAUUGUAGAUUGCUUACGGGAAGUCAGACAACAGUUAUAAUUGGGAUUUACUACACGAUUGGGUCCUCGUCAGUUCAUCUUUUACACUUGCUUCAGAUUGGCAUAGGCGUUCAUGUAUGUUAUGUAUUUGAUUCUCAAAGAUGGUGAAGUCACAUUUAUUGAAGUUGACUUAACCAUAGAACUGCAAGUGUUUGAAUCUUGUUCUGACAUUGAGGUUAGUUCUGUACAGAGUACUAGUUUGCAUUUUUCAAUUUGAUCUAGCCAUGUUUUGGGAUUUAUUUGAUGUUUGUAAGUUCUUUCUAUCUAUGUUUCCUAGAAUUUUCUUGUGCCUUUUAUUAUACAUUCUUUGCUUAUUGCUCUCAACUGUUCGCUUUGCAAUUAGUUGGACAUCAAUAGCAUGUCAUUCUGAA